GAUGAGGGCAGCAAUACGCCUUUGAUAAGCCUUUGCCUGCCGCAAAUGCCAACAAGAAGAAGUGGUUUCAUUUUUACCCACAUCUGAAGAGCUGCGAGGUCAUUGCCCGCAAACGGUAAACACAGUUGUCCGUUGUAAUGAACAUUUGAAUAUCCAUGGAAAUCCAGAUCCCAGUGCCAUUUUCACAUCCACUUCAAAUUCCAAUUACAAUUCCAAUUCCAGUUCCAGCAGUACCAAGAAAAACAGACGCUCUAAUACAAUGCAUCAUAGAGAAAAAGGAGCAGAGACUAAGGAAAUUAUUAAGAGGAAAAGAUAUUAAUGGACUGUACCCUUCUGAGCUCUGGAAUGAUGAUGUUACACCAUUAACUGCAGCAGUUUUAUGCUUUAAUGAAGAAAUUUGCUCUUAUCUACUUGACGAGUCUGCUGAUCCAAACAAACCCUCAACAAAUGGACGAACACCUCUACAUUAUGCUGCAUUUACAACUGAAGUUCCACUAAGUAUCGUGAAAAGAUUACUUGCAGCAAAAGCUAACCCAAAUGGACUUGGGUUACAAAUUUUAAGUCCAUUGCAAUGUGCAGUUGAUUGUGACCGUGAAGACAUUGUGAAAGCACUUAUAGAGGCCGGGGCUUCACCUGAAGUCAACUAUGGGGUGAAUCCAGAGCUUGAUAAAAAGGUGGAGCGAAUGAUUCAUCAAUUAUCAUCACAGGGUGAAGUAUUUGAGAAAGUACAUCUAUUUUUCUCUCUUUCUUGUGCUGUUCGAACAAAAAAUCAGAUAGAAGUUUACAGAAUUUAUAACAAACAUUUCUUUCAAGAGGAUCCAUUCAAUCAUAUUAUUUUGUUUGAGGUGUAUUUUGGUGUCAUUGGUCAAGGUGCGGAGCAGUAUCGUCAAAGCGCCAUCAAGUGGUUAAAAGAUACAAAGAGCACAGACAGAUACAUUGAGAGAGUCAUCAAGCGCUUCCCAAAAAUCCCUCAGAAAUACUGGAUGAAUCCACUAAACUGCUUAAAUGUUGCUUUAUGUAUCAGCAAAAGCAUCUUUCCUCAGAUAUUCAGUGAUCUUGUGUCUAUUCUAACAAACAGCCUUCAGCAUGCUGGAAAUGCACAAGGAGAAAAAAUCAAUCAACUGAUACUAAAGAUACUUAAUGUCAUGAUGCAGAAGACGUCUGAGCAGAAACUGGGACUCAGUCAUUCUGUCUAUGAGAAGUUAUGCAAAGGUCUAUUGCCUCUCACACAUCCUACUUAUUCAAGUCUAACUGGAGUUUGGACCUAUGGACUGUUUGCCUAUAUAAAUGAUAUUGCUCCUGAACCUGUAGCAUUGUGUGGAUUGUCACCCAUCCCAGAGAUGAUACUUAACACUGCAGACAUAGAGAUGGAUGAAGUCAUGAAAAAAAAACUGCAUAAGUUGGAUGAAUCACUGAGACAUGCAGCAGGUUCAAGUGCAGUGGAUAGUUUGUGUGAGGAGACUGCUGCUCUAUCAACAAGCAGGAAGAAGAAAAAGAAGAGGAAGAAGAAAAUCCAGCAAGAGGUGGGAUCACAAGAAAGUGAGCGGCAAGAUAAAGAGGUCACUGCAGGGACAUCCGUUGAGGAAUCAAUAUCAAGUGUGCAGCUGCUCACACUUGAGAACCCAAAUAUCUCCAGAAGGUGGCAUCAGACAAGCCAUCGCUGGAGGCCCAAGCUUGAGAAGCUAGCUAACAUUGAUGCUAGCAGGACACAUAGACUGCCAGGUCUUACUCUUGUUAUUGAUUCUGAAUUUCUGAUUGCUAACGGAAGCGAUGGAACUCAAGUUUUCCUUGGUUUGAGGGAUGACGGCACUGAGGUGGCUGUGAAACGAAUGAUUAGAUUUAAUUACCAAGUUCUCAGAAAUGAGGAGGAAUUUCUACGGCUUCCAGAACUCGACAGUCCCUCCAUUGUGCGAUAUGUGGACUUUGCUGAAGAUGCCAAUUUCGGAUACCUUGUUCUUCAGCUUUGUGAGUACACACUGGAGGAAUAUAUCCAAGAUCAUUUACCAGAUGACACGGCUGAGAGAACUUUGGUUCUGAAGAAGCUGGUGAAGGAAGUUCUCUGCAGUUUAGAGGUUUUACACAGUCAGCAGAGCAGAGUGGUCCAUCGUGACAUCAAACCCCAGAAUGUCCUAAUUGACAUAAAAGGAAAAGCCAGACUGGCUGAUUUUGGCAUAAGUCGCCGAUUCAAACAGACUGAAACCACUUUACGAACAAGAAUUGCUGGAACUAGAUGCUGGAAGGCAAAAGAAACCAUAAAAGAGAAGGUCAACACUAAUUACAAGAGGAGCUCCGACAUUCAGGUUGCUGGGAUGUUAGUCUACUACAUUCUCUCUGGAGGACACCAUCCGUUUGGUGAAGAUGUGGAUUGUGAGUACAACAUUUCACGAGGAAGAUACUCACUGCAGCAUCUGGAUGAUGAUGUAGCAAAGGAUCUCGUCGAGUGGAUGAUCAAUGAAAAUCCAAAUGAGAGACCAACUGUGGAGCAAACCCUCGCACACCCCUUCUUCUGGACUGAUGACAGGAGAGUGCGGUAUCUGAAAAUAUUGGGAAGUGAAAAAGAGGCUGAAAACUGUCGUAAUGCAGAUGAGGAGCUCCUGAAUGCCAUUUCAAAACACACAGAGGGAAAAAGCUUUUCUGAAUGGAAGAAUAAAUUGCCGUCUGAGCUUGUCCAGAAACUGGAUGGUACGAAGAAAGUCUAUCCUGAGAACACACUGGGCCUGCUGCGAUUUAUACGCAACCUACACGAGCAUUAUAAAGCUGAUGCUGUAAAAAUCAACCUGAUGGCUUUAUUCCCUGAUCUCUUCGGGAGUGUGUACAUCUUUGCCAAGGAGAGAGGAUGGAACUCCAGAGAAAGUGUCAUUAUGGACAUCAACUCAGCAUCAUGAAUGCAAAUCUGCAAAUCAUGAAUGCUUUGUACACUGACACAAAGCUUUUAUGCUAUUUUUUGGUCUGUUACACAAAACUGCCAACUUAAUGUUUUAACAAAACAAAAGUGUACAUAUUCAGUUUAAAACAAUUUGUAAUUUUACCUUUCAGUGCAGUGUGGUGAUGUUUGUUGCCAGUUAGUGUUUGGAGGGGGGGGACAAUAUAUAAAAGGUGUCUUAACCUACACCUUAUUUAAGCUGGUCACAUUAAUUAAUCAUCAUCACAUCCUUUUUACACAUUACCUUGGUGAGUGAUAAUCACACAUGUACAGUGAUAAUCACACAUGGCAUUACUGUAAAAUGUCCCAUAACCUCUAGAAGCUGACUGAAACAUUUAAUGUAUCAUGCAUGGUUUGCUAUUGAAUUACCUGGUCAUUAGAAUUAAUACUUAAUAUAAUAAUAAUAAUAAUAAUGUUAAUUGUUAAAUAAAUCAUACAAAUAUUCUAAGAAAAAUUAAUAAUUCUAAACAUUUUGGAGGAACUAUAACAAAACCACAAAUAGCUCUUAAAUUAUUUGUGUGCAUUCAAGGCAGAUUCGCAGAGGUUUGUUUGUUUGCCUAUCCAUCUUUCUCUUCCCGUAAGAGUGGGCACUGACAUUUGUAAAUUAUAUGGGUCUGGCUUCUGGUCUCGUCUGUGUCCAGUUAUUUUUAGCUGUACAAAACGGAUCAUUUUUCUGUUUGAUAUUGCGAAUGCCUACUUGCACAGUCUUGCAUGCCGACUUCAGUCUGCAGGAGCCAUGGUCUAUUUAAUUGAUUCUUAUCAAAUGACCUCCAUCUGGAGAGGUAGCCAAAAAGGCUUGAAAAAGGUGUUUACACUUAAAUUUCAAAACCCAAAAGUAUCGCUGUGUAUGCUUUAGCAUCUUUACCACUUCCACUGGUUUAGCUGGAUCUCUUAGCCUAUGAUGUGCUUUUUUGGGUAAUAUGUGUGUUAUAUGUCCCUUGUGUUUUUGCCCCUGUCUGCUGUGUGCCUUGUUUGUCCCCAACUACCCUCAUUAGUUGCCAUAGACACUUAUUGGACCACACCCACUCCUUGUUAGUUUCCAUAGUAUCUCACUGGUUCUGUUUGUUCUCCUGUGCAUAAAUAGCCCUUGUGUUUCACUUGUGCUUGAUCAGUUGUUGAACGUAAUGGUUGCUGUGUUUACCUUGUUCCCAGUUUUUGCUGUUCUAUGCUCACUCAGUCUGUUUAUUAACACUGCCUGCACCUAGGACCACGCCCCAACCCAGAAUAUUCCUCCAGCCUCCUUGCAUUACAGAGUAAAAGUAAAGACAAUUUCAAGAAGCCUGUAAUUUUUUGUAAUAAAUAGACAAGAUUGCUGAGCAUUCUUAUAUUGAUACCUCACGUUAGGAUGUUAUUUAACUCAUUUUAAACUAGGCAUACUGUAGCACUGACUGUGUUUGUUGCAGCAAGUUGCGAAACACCUUUCAGUGUUUUCAUACACAACCUUUUUUCCUAAAGUAGGCUUGGGAUGGAUGACGUGCAGAGUGUGUAAAAAUGAGGAAGGUAUAGCACUUAGAAUUAAAUCGGAUACCAAGUACUAUCAAGGUCAAUAUCAACGUAGACAGCCUACCAAUACCUAUAGGCAGACCUCUGAAUGGAAAGUUUCUGCGAUUUCUGGGAAUAAAAUAGGUAAGCUAAUUAUAUGAUUUUACCAUGCUAUUUAAAUGCCAUAUUUUUUUGCAUUUAAUAUGACUUCUGUUUUGCUAAGUAUUUAUCAAAAGCUAUUACAGAUCAUUGCCAGUCUUUUAACAACUUUUACUUAAACCUACUAAAAGGUCACACAAACCAGUUAUAUUAAAUAUCACAUUAACAUUCGUGAUUAUGUGACUCCAGAAAAUAUUACUUUUUUUCCCUGUCUUUAUGAAUGAGCGCGCUCUUAUGGACGGAUUGUGCUUGUAGCAGGCGUGUUUAGACGUGCUGUCUUCCUUCAUGAUAGCCCAUCCCUGACUUUCAUUUCCAGUAAAACAAACGUUUUGUUUUAUGUUAGAUUUUACAGUUUUUCCUAUUUGUACUCCUGUAUACUUAAAUUGACAUUAUUACAGGCCUAUAUACAAAGAUGUAACUAAACAUUAAAGAAAGGGGAGACCAAAAAUAAAGGUUUUGAAAACA